AUGAAGGAGGAGAUCGCAGCAACGGUGGUGUUUAUCUCCAGCCUGGUCAGGAAGGGAGGCCAUGUGGGCAGCAGGAAAAUGGGCAGGUUCGGGGGCCGCUUAACCAAGAUCCUGUUUGAGAAAUACAAGAACCACUGGUACCCGGACACCCCCCACCGCGGCCAGGCUUACCGGUGUAUCCGGGUAAACACUGUGCAGCCUGUGGACCUCGCGCUGCUGCAGGCCUGUAAGGAGAGCGAGGUGGAGUACGCAGCCCUCGAGUUGCCGAGGGAGCUGACGAUCUGGGUGGAUCCUCACGAGGUUUGCUGUCGGUGUGGAGAGAAAAACCAGCCAUUCACUGUGACCCGGUUGCAAGAUGACGACCAAGACUCCGAGAUCUUCAGAGACAUCAACCGUGCUGCUGAGAUUGUGUCCUGGGACUAUCCCUCUGGCAUGUCCUCUGACGAGGAGAUUGUCCGGGAGCUGGUCACCCUGUCUGUGAAUGACCAGGCCCCAGAGCUGGAGGCGGGGAGAGAGGACGGCUACAAUGGGGAGAUCGGAGCCAACAUACCCAUUGUGAGCAACCCUAACAGCGUCCACAACGAGUACUUCAGGAGAGAGGAGUGGGAACGUGGGACUGAUGAGCCCCAGAAAAUCCCGCGAGUCCACAACCCCAACAGCAUUUACCAGUUCAGUGAUUUCUACCGCCUGCCAGUGACUGCGGUGUGGCCCAAGUUCACUCGCAAGACCCUCCCCUCUGAUGAGUACAGCAGCUACCAUCAAGCACAAAAACCCUAUAGAAUGUACAGAGCGUCCUCAAUAUUUACUGGUCCACGUGUGGAUAGGUAUCACUGGGUGAACACUAAACGCUGAGACCGUUUGCUCCAUCCCCCAGUGUGUGUGUG